CGCUUGAGAAUCCAUCCAAAGAUUUUAUACCAAACAUCUCACUCAAGUCCCGUUUCAUUUUCCUUCUCUCUGUCCUCUGUCUAUCUCCUGUAAUAACUCACUAGACCCUGAAGAGAGCCCGAGCAAAACGGAACCACAACCUCUUCGAUCAUCUUUCCAUUAACUCUUUUCAAUCCUUCACGUACACUUCGUCGCACACAUGCCCGACUGUGAAGGCACCUGCGGAGAUGAUCUUCCGUCCUCCCCUGACAGUACUACCACCAGUGCUGUCUUGCGGAUUAGUACUGAUCAUGGAGAGGAUUCCACCUCCGUACCUCAAAAACCUCAUAAAGAUCCCAGAAAGAUUGCUAGAAAGUAUCAGUUGGAAUUAUGCAAGAAAGCUUUGGAGGAGAACAUAAUUGUUUAUUUGGGAACAGGUUGUGGCAAGACCCACAUUGCUGUGUUGCUUAUUUAUGAGUUGGGUCACUUGAUAAGAAAACCUCAGAAGAGUGUAUGUGUUUUUCUUGCACCCACUGUUGCCCUUGUUCAUCAGCAAGCCAAGGUUAUAGAAGAAUCUAUUGAUUUCAAGGUCGGGAUAUAUUGUGGGAGCUCCAAGCACUCAAAGAAUCACUACGAUUGGGAAAAAGAGAUUGAACAAUAUGAGGUUCUUGUAAUGACUCCUCAGAUACUACUGCAUAACUUAAGUCAUAGCUUCAUCAAGAUGGAGUUAAUUUCUCUUUUGAUAUUUGAUGAGUGCCAUCAUGCUCAACUCAAAAGCAAUCAUCCUUAUGCUGAAAUCAUGAGAGUAUUCUACAAUGCUAAUGAUGGAAAACUUCCCCGUAUAUUUGGCAUGACUGCAUCUCCAGUUGUGGGGAAAGGUGCUUCUAAUCAUACAAAUUUACCAAAGAGCAUCAACAGUCUUGAAAAUUUACUUGAUGCUAAGGUUUAUUCAGUUGAAGACAAUGAAGAGCUGGAACGUUUUGUAGCAUCUCCUGUAGUUAAAAUAUAUCUGUAUGGUCCUGUUGCAAAUGGCACAUCAAUUAACUAUAUGACUUAUUGUAGUAAGCUGGAGGAGAUAAAACACACUUGCAUAUCAGAACUUCACAAGAAGGUGGACGAUUGUCAAAGUCUUCAGGGUCUUCGAAGUACGAAAAAGGUUCUCAGUAGAAUGCAUGACAAUGUGGUAUUUUGUUUGGAAACGCUUGGCCUUUGGGGGGCACUACAGGCUUGUCAAAUUCUUUUGAGUGGUGAUCCCUCUGAAUGGAAUGCAUUGAUAGAAGCGGAAGGACAUAUCAGUAAUGACUCUGUUUGUGAUAGAUACCUAUCUCAGUCUGCAAAUUUCUUGGCUGCUGUCUGCACAACAGAUGGCAUGGCAUCUGAUAUCUCUGGUGUUGAGGUUCUGAAUGAGCCUUUUUUCUCAAGAAAGCUUUUACGCCUUAUUGGAAUCCUUUCCACCUUCAGGUUGCAACCAAAUAUGAAGUGUAUAAUUUUUGUAAACAGGAUCGUUACUGCAAGAUCCCUUUCAUACGUAUUGCAAAAUCUUAAGUUCUUAACUUCUUGGAAUUGUGAUUUUCUUGUUGGGGUCCAUUGUGGACUGAGGAGUGUGUCUCGAAAGUCCAUGAACGACAUUCUUGAGAAGUUUCGAACUGGAAAGUUGAAUUUAUUGAUUGCUACUAAAGUGGGUGAAGAAGGACUUGAUAUUCAGACAUGCUGCCUUGUUAUACGGUUUGAUCUGCCAGAAACUGUUGCCAGCUUCAUACAAUCUAGAGGACGUGCGCGUAUGCCUCAGUCUGAAUAUGCAUUUUUGGUGGACAGUGGCAGCCAGAAGGAGCUAGACUUGAUAGAAAGUUUUAGAAAAGAUGAAAAUCAAAUGAAUAUGGAAAUUUCUUCGAGAACAUCUAAGGAGACAUUCAUUGGUCUUGAGGAAAAAGUAUAUAAAGUAGAUAUAACUGGUGCUUCUGUCAGUUCUGCAUAUAGCAUCUCAUUACUGCACCAUUACUGCUCUAAACUUCCACACGAUGAGUAUUUUGAUCCCAAGCCAAAUUUUUUUUAUUUUGAUGAUUUAGGAGGAACUAUAUGCCACAUAAUUUUUCCCUCCAAUGCUCCUCUACAUCAAAUUGUUGGCAAACCACAACCUUCACAAGAAGCUGCUAAAAAAGAUGCUUGUCUGCUGGCAAUUGAACAAUUGCAUAAGCUGGGUGCAUUGAGCAAUUUUCUUUUGCCACAUCAAGAAGAUGCAGAUGAAGAGUCAGCGUUGCCUUCUUCUGAUUAUGACAAUUUUGAAGAUGAGGGUUCUCGAGGUGAACUGCAUGAGAUGCUAGUUCCUGCUUUAUUGAAGGAGUCAUGGACUACUUCAGAGAACUGGAUCUAUCUACAUUCUUACUAUUUAGAAUUUUGUCCUGUUCCUCGGGACAGGACAUAUAAAAAGUUUGGUCUUUUUGUCAAGGCACCUCUACCCCAAGAGGCUGAACAAUUGCAACUUGAUCUUCAUCUUGCUCGUGGUAGAUAUGUGACAACAAAGCUCGUCCCGUUGGGACUUGUGAAAUUUAAUACAGAUGAGAUCACAAUGGCAAUGAAUUUUCAAGAAAUGUUUCUAAAAGUCAUCCUUGACCGAUCAGAACUCAUUUCAGAAUUUGUUUCCUUGGGGAAGGAUUCUUUUUGUAAAUCAAGCUUUACUUUCUACUUGUUGCUUCCUGUCAUUCUGUGGGGCUGUGGAAAUGGAGUGACAGUUGAUUGGGAUAUUAUAAGAAGUUGUUUAUUGUCUCCUGUUUUCGGAAACAUGCAAAAAGAAAAUUUUCCUUCAGGUUCUCAUUUGCAACUUGCCAAUGGUUGCAGAAGUAUAAGGGAUAUUGAGAAUAGUUUAGUUUACGUGGCACAUAAGAAACAGUUCUACUUUGUCACUAACGUAGUUCACGGAAAGAAUGGUCUGAGCCCACACAAAUGUUCAAGCGCUCAAAGUCAUCUGGAAUACCUAAGUGAAAUGUUUGGCAUUCAACUUAAAUAUCCUAAACAACCUCUUCUUCAUGCAAAACCACUCUUUUGUUUGCACAACUUGCUACACAACCGAAGACAAGAGGAUUCUGAAACACAAGAAUUGGAUGAAUACUUCAUUGAUAUGCCUGCUGAACUUUGUGAGUUGAAGAUAAUAGGCUUCUCUAAAGAUAUUGGAAGUUCAGUUUCUCUAUUACCAUCAAUCAUGCAUCGUUUGGAAAACUUGCUUGUAGCCAUUGAAUUGAAGAGCUUGUUAUCAGCUUCAUUCUCAGAGGGAGCUGAAGUUUCUGCCUUUAGAGUAAGGCCAUACUGCAGAAUAAUUGCUUCUUCAUAUCAGGUAUUAGAAGCACUUACCACAGAGAAGUGUCAGGAGCGUCUAUCUCUUGAAAGACUUGAAAUUCUGGGUGAUGCUUUUCUCAAAUUUGCAGUUGGUCGACAUCUUUUUCUUUUGCAUGAUACUCUUGAUGAAGGGGAACUUACUAGGAAACGUUCUAAUGUUGUAAAUAAUUCCAAUUUGUUAAAGCUAGCAAGAAGCAGAAACUUGCAGGUAUACAUACGUGAUCAACCUUUUGAUCCCUGCCAAUUUUUUGCCCUGGGUCGUCCUUGCCGUAGAAUUUGUACUGAGGAAUCAGAAGGAAAUAUUCAUUCUCAAAACAGAAGCCAUGGCCAUGGCCAAGCAAAUGCUAAUGAUGUCAGAUGUAGUAAAGGUCACCACUGGUUACAUAGGAAAACAAUUGCUGAUGUAGUUGAGGCUCUUGUUGGGGCAUUUAUUGUUGAUAGUGGCUUCAAAGCAGCGACUGCAUUUCUUAAAUGGCUGGGAAUCAGAGUUGACUUUGAAGCUUCAGAAGUUAUCAAGGUCUGCCUAGCAAGUGAUAGCUUCCUGCCACUUGCUCGUUCCAUAGACAUGGUUGCCCUUGAAAAUUUAUUGGGUCAUCAAUUUCUCCGUAGAGGUCUGCUUCUACAAGCAUUUGUGCAUCCUUCCUACAACAAGCAUGGAGGAGGCUGCUAUCAGAGACUCGAGUUUCUUGGGGAUGCUGUAUUGGAUUACUUAAUCACAUCAUAUCUCUUUUCUGUUUAUCCCAAGUUGAAGCCUGGUCACUUAACAGAUCUGAGAUCGGCAUUGGUGAAUAACAGAGCCUUUGCCAAUGUUGCAAUUGGUCGAUCUUUCCACAAGUUUCUUAUAUGUGAUUCCAGCAACCUUUCAGAGGCAAUAAAAAAUUAUGCGGAUAGUGUUAAAACACCAGCAUCAGGAAGAAGUUUACUUGAAGGCCCAAAAUGUCCCAAGGUGCUUGGCGACUUGGUGGAGUCUUGUAUGGGUGCCAUUCUUAUAGACACAGGGUUCAAUCUGAACUGCAUCUGGAAGUUAAUGCUAUCAUUCUUGGGUCCUGUUUUGAAUUCCCCCAAUGUACGACUGAAUCCUUUUAGAGAACUACAAGAACUUUGUCAAUCUCAUAAUUGGGAUUUGCGGUUUCCCACAUUAAAGAAGGGUAAAAGUUUUUUCGUUGAAGCAAAAGUAGAUGGUAAAGAUGUAUGUCUUACUACUUCUGCGAGCAACUCAAACAAAAAAGAGGCUAUUAGAAUUGCUUCAGAGCAAAUUUUUGUGAAGUUGAAGGAUCGAGGAUACAGUCGCAAGUCUAACUAUUUGGAGGAAGUUUUAAGAUCUAGCCAAAAGAUGGAAGCCAAAUUGAUUGGAUAUGACGAAACCCCCAUAGAUAUUACUGCUUCUUGUGCCAGUGAUAAGGUUGAAAUCUUGAAGAUCCAAGAGCCUGUUGGCAGCAACUUUCACCCUAAAAUUAAUUCCAUGAGUAAACCAGGCAAUAUUUGUCGGCCUGACUUUGUCGGUGCAAGUAAACAGCCCCCAUCUCACUUAGCAUGUGUUGGAGAGCAGCAUAAUGAAACUAUUGCUUAUCCUAGAUCUGAUACAGAUCCACCGGCCACAGAUGGAUCACAUCAUGGAUCAGCAAAAUCACGUUUGCAUGAAAUAUGUGAUGCUAACUGUUGGAAACCACCUUUGUUUGAAUGCUGCAACGAGGAAGGACCAAGCCACUUGAAGUCUUUCACUUACAAGGUGGUUGUGGAAAUAGAAGCACCUGAUAUGCUUCUGGAAUGUUAUGGGGCUCCCAGGAUGAAAAAGAAAGCUGCUGCCGAGCAUGCAGCCGAAGGGGCACUUUGGUACUUGAAACAUAGCAGACGCAUACUUUAAAGCGAAACGAUAUUGUUAUUUAAACCAUGCAAAUGGAAAACCCAUUCUUUGUCCUGCACUUUGGGCACCACCAUGUAAAUGUAAAAUCCACAAAUAUGUCUAAUUAUAAGCCUUUUCUUUAAGAUGUAUAGAGAAUAAUCAAUGACUUGAGACGUUUGCUUGUAUCACGAAAAAUGUGGAUGUGUCUAAUUGGUGAAGAAGAGCAUGUCUAUUUGAUCAAAAGAUUACCCUUGUAGUAAAGAAAUCUUAAAAUUUGAUAUUUUUUUUUCAGUAUUUAUCUGGGAAGGGGGAGAACGAAUUGAGUCCUGUUUUGCCAAUUCAUUUACUGGGUAUUUAAUUACUCUUUAGAAUAAUUUCAUUUGAAUUUUUUUAAAUGACCAUAUUAAAUUGUAAGCAUUAUAUUUUAAUGUAAAUCUAGCAUAAUUUAAGAAUACCACAACGAAAAUAACAGAAUUAGCUUGUCUAUUCUUUAAAAAAAAAAAAAAAAAAAUACAAAUAGCUCGUCUAGAGUCCGCUAUUGGUUGUUCUAGAGUCAUUCGUCCUCGAAAAUGAGUGGUUUGAUGUUGAAUGGUGGCUUCUGCUAGAGUGCUGGUUCGGGUUUAUCAAUAAAUUCACCAAAAUAACCUUAUUACACACUGCCCCAUCUUUCUACCGCAGGGUAAUUUGGGGAUGAAACGGAAAGAGGAGGCUAAUAUAAGGGGAAGAGGUAGCCAACGAACAGAUCCAGCACUCGUUAGUUUAAGAAUGAGGCUUUGCUCUCGGAGAGGCGGAUGGGUUUUAUUGGUAGGGCGGUCGCCUUCAUCUCCGAAUGCCUGCGGAGCCGAUGAUUUCCCUGUUGUUUCUGUAAAGUCAACCGCCCUAUCUGUGUAUAUGUGUCUAUAUAUAUGCAUCUUUUUUCAUCAUCA